GGUGACACCAUUGGUUGACCCCAUCGGGUGACACCAUUGGGUGACAGCGACGCUGACCCCCCACCGGGUGACACCGUCGGGUGACACCGUCGGGUGACAGCGACGCUGACCCCCCCCUCACAGGUUGCGGUGUUGAUUCUGGCGGUGAUUCUGGCGGUGAUCCCGGCGUUGUUUCUGGCGGUGACGAUUCCCGCGGUCCGGCUGUUGCCGGUUCGGGUGUUGCGGGUGCGGGUGACGCCAUGGCGGCGGUGCGGGCGCAGCUGGAGGCGCUGGUGGAGGCGGCGGACGCGCUGGUGGCCCACGGGCAGCACGGGGUCUAUGGGGACAGCAGGGAGAGGCUGCAGCUCCGACUCAACGCCCUGCGGGGGACGGCCGCUAACAGCAGCACAUCGCUGCGGCGCCGCGACGGUGACGACGGUGACGGUGGUGACGGUGGUGGUGACGUCGGUGGUUCCAUCCAUGCACAAGCGGAGCCGAUUGACAUGUUUGCGGAGGAGGAGGACAACAAACAGGCGCUGGAGGACCGAGCGCUGGAGGACAAACAGGCGCUGGAGGACCGAGCGCUAGGAGACAAACAGGCGCUGGAGGACCAGGCGCUGGAGGACCGAGCUGCCCUGGAGGACCGAAAGCUGGAGGACCAACAGGCGGUGGAGGACCGAGCGGCGUUGGAGGACCAGGCGGAGGUGAUGUGGGAGUACAAAUGGGAGGAGAGCACCCAACUCUACGGCCCCUUCAGCAGCGCCCAGAUGCAGGUGGGAACCCCAAAAAAUGGGGUUGGGACCCCAAAAAUGGGGUUAGGAAUCCCAAAAGUGGGGCUGGGACCCCAAAAAUGGGGUUAGGAAUCCCAAAUUUGG